UUGGGGCCAGUGCGGCGCCGGAGCCUGGGGACACCUGCAUGUGGAGCGGCGGCUGCACCUCGGACAGGGACCCGCUGUCCAGGCGGCCGUUCACGGCUUCCUGUGCUUUCCUUUCAGUGCCUGAGGACCUCUCCUUAGAAGAGCGGGAAGAGCUCCUAGACAUUCGUCGAAGGAAAAAGGAACUUAUUGAUGACAUCGAGAGACUGAAGUACGAAAUCGCCGAGGUCAUGACCGAGAUCGACAACCUGACAUCCGUGGAGGAGAGCAAAACGUCUCAGAGGAACAAGCACAUCGCCAUGGGAAGGAAGAAGUUCAACAUGGACCCCAAGAAGGGCAUCCAGUUUCUGACGGAGAACGGCCUGCUGCAGGGCGCCCCGGAGGACGUGGCGCAGUUCCUGUACAAGGGCGAGGGCCUGAACAAGACCGUCAUCGGGGACUACCUGGGGGAGCGGGACGAGUUUAACAUUAAAGUGCUCCAGGCUUUUGUCGAACUCCACGAGUUUGCUGAUCUCAACCUCGUCCAAGCCUUAAGGCAGUUCCUGUGGAGCUUCCGGCUCCCCGGGGAGGCCCAGAAAAUCGACCGCAUGAUGGAGGCGUUCGCGUCCCGCUACUGCCUGUGCAACCCCGGCGUCUUCCAGUCCACAGACACGUGCUAUGUGCUGUCCUUUGCCAUCAUCAUGCUCAACACCAGCCUGCACAACCACAACGUGCGGGACAAGCCCACGGCCGAGCGCUUCGUCACCAUGAACCGAGGCAUCAACGAGGGCGGGGACCUGCCCGAGGAGCUGCUGAGGGGAUGGCCCCUUGUCUGGGUGCCCCAGGGGGCUGAGAGGGCAGAGGCAGGCCUGGGUGAGGUGCCCACGGACCCAGCAGACCACCUGGCGGGGAGCCGUCCGAAUGGCCCAGACCACAAGGCUUGUCAGGACGCGGCUGAGAGUUGGACGGACGGUUGUGCAUUUUCACGAGGAAGGAAACAAAACCGAGCUUGGCUCCUGGUGGCCCCCUGGCGACGGUCGUUGUGCAGGGCUGGGCCAGGCUCCUGCCUGCGCGGCUCUGCUCACAGGCCUCUGCUGGCAGGGGGCCGCGUGAAGACCUGGAAGCGGCGGUGGUUCAUCCUCACGGACAACUGCCUCUAUUACUUCGAAUACACGACGGAUAAGGAGCCGCGGGGGAUCAUCCCGCUGGAGAACCUCAGCAUCCGGGAGGUGGAGGACCCCCGGAAGCCCAACUGUUUCGAGCUUUAUAACCCAAGCCACAAGGGGCAGGUCAUCAAAGCCUGCAAGACGGAGGCGGACGGCCGGGUGGUGGAGGGCAACCACGUGGUGUACCGCAUCUCGGCGCCCAGCCCGGAGGAGAAGGAGGAGUGGAUGAAGUCCAUCAGAGCGAGCAUCAGCAGGGACCCUUUCUACGACAUGCUGGCCACGCGGAAAAGGAGGAUUGCCAAUAAAAAGUAGCUUUCCUCGCCGGAACAGGUAAAAAGCAAAACCAAAACCCCACAGCAGAGGGGCCGGGUGAGCAGCCCAGGAAGCGGUGCGCCAGCGCGGCCCACGGGCCCGCCGAAGCCUCACGCGCGCGUCUGGUGAGCGACACCGGGCGUUUCCCUCCCGCCAACCUGGGCCUCGCAGCCGUGUCCACUCGUCCUCCUCGCGGUUCCUGUGGCAGCGGCGCCUGGGAGUUGAGCCGCGACCAUCCACGCAGCAGACUCAGGCGCGAGGUCUGCCGCGGAACCUUGCUCGCUCCAGUCGCCACACAUGCUCAUUCGUGAUGGUGUUCACUGUUCUAGAAGCUUCUGUUUUAUAUCAAAACAGGAAAGAAAAGCUACCACUUUUUUAUUCAGAUUUUUUUCUCAGAUAUAUAGGACUCUAGCUUUUAUAUGCCUUUUUAUAUUCUGAAAUUAUGAGAGAUACUUACUUUCUGAUAGUAUUUUUAGAAUGGCAGCUAUAAACGUAACUCUCGCCACAAGUAUGUACUGUGCACUGAACAGAAGUGAUGUAGACACUAUAUAUGCAGCAGCCGGGCGGGCACCGCUCGGGGGGCGCCCUCAUCCCUCCUGGGACAGGGAGGGUCCGAUUCCCCGGGGACCCCUCAGCUCAGGCCUGGUGGCCCCCCAGACACUUCCUAAAAAGGCCAAUCAGUACCGUUGAUGAUUGGGGGCAUUUGUCCCAUAACUCAGAGCCCCAGCACAGACCUGUGUGGAACCAGAUGAAACUGCCCGUGUGGGACGCCCACAAGCCGGUUUCAUCGGUUCCACUGAACACGGGGCUGGUUCAGCCGGCGGCCACUGCCUUCACUACUGAGAACCUUCGUGCAGAGAGGACACUUGUGUCCCUGCUCUGACCGUUGACCAGGUUCCUCACUAGGACCGAAGGCAUGGAAGUAACGAGAGACACGCUCACUGCACGUUGCGGAGCGGGGCGGUGUGGCGCUUAGGGUUUCCUGUAAACGGUGCACAGCCCCAGGUGCACGCCGUGGGGCACCUCGCAGGCCCAGGACCGUGUGCUGGCCGGGCCCCAGCACAUCCCAGACCGACCGAGGCGCACAGGUGGCGGGGCUGGAGCCGUGCCGGCUCUCCUCUCCAGGACACACGCCUUUCUUUUCCUUGGGGCUUUGUUCCUGUCGCCAGGACGGCCUUGCCCACGGGGCUGUUCUAGUGGUGGGCCCCUUCCCACGCCAGCUCCUCCCCCUGCCCGUCCGCUUGGGCACACCCUGGACGUGCACCCUUUAGAGGUCUCCCCGUCAAAGCCCAGCCCGAGAAGUAGAAGCCGACUGACCUGUGCACGGACGUGGAGAUCCGACGGCAGGAGGAACUUCCUGAGCGCGGCCUUGCUGAGACUGGGUGGCCGUGGGCCUGGGCCUCGAGCUGCUGAUCUUGACGUAGCUUUAAGUCACACUAGACUACAAAGGGCUGAGCCCACGGCCCUCCGACAUGCAUCAGAUGGGCUCUUCUGGCUGAUUCCCAAGCUCUUCGGCUUUGUUAUUGUACCGAUACCUCAAAUUCGAAGCUUUAGUUUUUGAGAAAGGCAAGUCUUCGUUCUCAAAAUGCCCGGCUGCUGCAUGUGCAACUCUGGCCUCCACACACAGACGCGGCAGCGCUGCCCCCGGGCUGGCCGCAUGCGCAGGACUGCCCGCUCCAUCAGUCCCCACGCGUGGACAUUGUCCUGUGACCCAGGUAGGACCCUGGGGAGACAGGCUUUCUGUCUCUCGGGUGUGGCCUCAGCGGGGCUGGGAGAAGUGGACGGGAAACCCUGGAGGGAUGUUUCUCUGGCCGCCUGUGAGGGGGACUCGGUGCAGAAAGCCAUGGUGCUUAAGCUGUGUGCUUGCCUCAGAGCUACGGGAAACCACCCAGGUCCCGGUUUCGUUGUGACAGUAUUAACCUAACAGGCACAAAGCCAUCACCCCCGAGCCCUCAGGCAGGCCUGGUCUGAAAAACCCACCAGACGCGGAGCUGGCGGCCCGGUGCCUGGGCCAAUAUGAUCAUGUUCAUCCUCUUCCUGCCCCCCCCCCCCCCCCCCCCCCCUGCUGUUUUAUUAUCCCCACUCUGGCCAAAGACAUGCUCCCUGAGACCCAGGGCAGGCGGCGAGGGGCGCUGGGCAGAUGCAGCAGCCCCCCAGCCCACAGCCUCUGUUGGCAGAGACCCAGACAAGCAAGCGUCCUCAGGAUCACAGGACAUUUUGAGCAGUUUAACGUGGUACCAAACUGAGUCCCGACAGAAGCUAUUUCUAGGUGAAGCGAUGCCUAUUUUUCAAGUUAAGAUGCACAGACCUACGUAGAUGCACUUUGCCGAAAAGUUAGGUCUGGUGUAGACCAGAAGCCACACGUGAUUUCUUGUUUUCUUAGAAGACAUUUCUAUUUACAGUAAAUAUCGUUAGUAUGUAAAUAAUGUACAUAUAUGUUGAUUCCUGGAGUGUUUAUUCAAUGUAUAUACUCCCACAAUUUGCAUGAAGAAAUAUCGUACAUCAGUAUUUUGUUGUAAAUAGUAAAACUGGAGGGGGUGUGGCUGUCAAAUACUAUGUUCACGGAAUAAAAGGAAAUGCAUUGUUACAAGA